UUUCAAUCCCUGCAUGAUCCUGAACUAGUUUCCCUCACUGUCAGCGUCACCGUAGGAUCUGUGCUGGGAUUGGUUAAUGCCACACACAUGGACGUUAAGGUCCGGAUACCUAUUUCCUGACUGACUGACACAUCUGCGUCAACCUGCCUCCACUUUAACUUGUAUCUCACUCACUUUUAAAACCUGUCCUGACGGAGAAACCUUUUGGGUCACUCCAAAGCUGGUGACCACAGUUGAGAGGAGAAACCCACUGGUCAGUGGAGAGCUCUUCUGACAAAGCUCAGAGGCAAAGUCCUCAUGACUGAAGACGUCUUCAUCCUCAUGUCACUUGUGAACAAAACCCAACAUGCUAAAUCAGAAUUGAAAAACCUGAGAGCUGAACUGGCAUUAACAAGCUGUGAGUGCCACCAAAACAAGUCAUGUUCCGAGAGGGUUUUGAUGACGUGUCUGUUCACUGGGUCGGUCUCCACAACAACAUCAGUAAACGCUGACAUGCUGGAACAAUAUUUCACCUGAACAAGUGAACGACUCUUUUCCAGCCAGACUCUUCCUGCCUCAGACGGAUGAAUGGACAAUCUCUGGCUGCUUCCUCCCUCACUUCCAUGACGCUGCAGCUGCAUACAGGAACACUUCAGGACUCCAAACAUGACACUGCAAGACACGCUGAUUCAGUUCAACAGAUGAAGAUGGAACACAAACGUGGAGAUAGAAGGAGAAAGAUGCAACUGAUCAGAAGACAUCAGGUCGCAUGACGGAGGGCUGACUGCCACGGUUGGUCCGAAUCUCAUCAUUGCUCUGGAGCUACUGAGAGCCAAAGCGCCUGCUCCUCUGUUAGCAGACGCCUACGUGGGUUGAAAGAGCCGCGAGCAUCUCGAUAAGUAUUCAAAACACGUGAAGGAAAAGUCUUAUCUGGAGCUGCUGAUGAUCCCGGGCGCCAGUCUCCCCCCUUCUUCGUGACAACGACUUUCUCCGCGGGAGGCUUGUCAUUCCCGACAAAUCACCGCUCCGAUUGAGAAAAGCACACAGUCACAAUUGACUCUUGAGUCUGUGAAGUGAAUCAAUCCUCUGAUCUUUUACAAGUUCAAACUCUGUCACAACUAUUUACCAUCAGUUUCCUUCAAACAAGAAGCUCUUUUUCAUGAAAAGAUUUUAGCAGCAGUCGACUGAAGUGAAACUGGAGAUGCUUUCUCUUUGUUGUCCACUAAAUGUGACGUAAUCUUCUGUGGUUUUUUUUCUCCUUGUAUUGUCAUAGAAAAACGUCACAAAUUUAUGUGUAAUUCAGAGUUGAAAGAUGCUUGAUCUUAGAAGUGACGACAAAGAUCCUGUAUAGUUUUGGAGGAAGACAUUUCAAGGCCCAUUAUUGAGCACGAGUGUGUUACAUCAUAGAUUGUUGGAUCAGAAAAUGUAGCGUGUAAAUCAGGUGAAGUGAUGGCGGAUUAUUCUCCGCUGCCAGAUGUGGAGCAACUUUGUUCAAGUGAGCUGGGUCGGGGGCCGCCUGAGCCCCUGAGGAUUCUUCCUUGACUCACCCACUAAUCCAGAGGCACCCACAGACAUAAUCCCACUUUUCACUGUUUUCUGCACCUCGGAAUGGUUUUGUUGUGAAGAGAGUGUGUGUGUGUCCUGAAAUCUUUGCGGUGAUGUCAUCACAAGUCUGAUCUUGGGGAGGAUCUGGUUUCAUGAGGGUUUAAUUUAACUGAAGUGUGUUUCAUGUUUUAUUGCAGCAACCAGCUUCAAGGAUUCUGACUGAGUUUUACUGUACACACAGCAGCGGCCUGGCUUCAUUGCUCUUCCAUGUACAGCACCAACUGAACUGAUGCUCUGUCUCAUCCACAGCAACACAGCGAUGGGCUCGAACUGGCGACCUUCCGCUGGGCGACUACGCUGAGCUGUGCCUCGGCUAUGUGGCUUUUGCCAGCCUUCCUCACCACGACACUUGCUGCCAGACUCAACUCCAGUCUUCACCAGAUUCUAGGAGAAGCUUCAAUGAUCCUGGUGAAAAGCUGAAGAACUGAAGUGUGAGAACAUGCUCAGCUCCGCUCUCACGAACCUGACAGAACCAGAGAUGGUCAGGUGCUGUAUGACAUUUCCUCACUUCUGAAAGGUUGAGCAAGUAGAUAGUCACCAGCGUGUAAUCAAAGUCAGAUGAUCAGAGAGCGUUUGACAGGACACGUUUUCUUCCGAGUGGUCAGAACCAGAGGGCAGCUACGGCAUGUUCAGGGGCAGCACAGAACAUUUUGAUUCACAAUAUCAUGAUUCAUCAGGACUUCGCACUGAACAGCUUAUUGCCAUGACUCCGUGCCAGUUCUGGUUCUAGGAUCAGAGUUUAGGAGUUUUUGACCAUUUGUCCCACAAGUUCUUUGUGAAGCAGUGGCCAACCAGGUCUCACCAGGCUUCACCUGAGCAGCUGGUCACGUGACUUGGCGGCAGUAUAGCGGUUAAAGCUCAUCCCACAAGUGUCACAAGGUUGCUGGUUCACGUCCGGCGUACGUCUCUUGUGCAUGUAUUUUUUAAAUUCCUCCAUUUUACCAUGAUCCUCCUGGAAAUAUCAAGCGGCAUAGAUAGAAAUGUGUGCGCCUUUGAUUUGACUUUUCUAUUUUUGGCUCAUGCCACCAAUAACAUGACCCCGGUCUGUGUGUGUGUGAGCGUCUCAUCUCCCCUCCACUGAAUUCAACCGACUUCACCUCUAUCAACAGUGAAUCACAGGUGAAACACAUGCCAGACCUUUAGUUCAGGGACGGACAAAGUCAAACGUGGAACCGAGUCAUGUCAGUGGUGAUGAUGGUGAAUCUGAUGAGGCUCCAAGUCUUGGGACCAAGUCUUAGAACAAUAUUUUGACAUUUUGUCGGAAUUGCUCCCACUUUCCUUUAGUUCCUUAGUUUCCUAUAUAGCCCAUCAUAGCAUCAUCAUUUGGUGAAGAGCCGCAUGUGGCUGCAGGUUGGCCAGGCCUGCUCUAAACCCAUCCAAUUCAUAGUACUGAUAUUAGGUUUUAUCCUCGCUACAACCAUCUGAGCUGAGCUUCCGCUUAUGUCAUCAGGUACUGACAGAAACUUGCCUUUUAUAUGACCAAUGGUUACACUUUAGGGAAGACGUUUUGGCCAUUAACCAUUGAAUUACUAGCUUAUUCACUGCUCAUUAUCAGUAAUUAUUUAGUGGUUUAGAGUCAAAUCUGGACUUUAGAAUGAUGAAUUACCUGCCAAUGUGAUGUUAAUACACACUUGAAAAGGUUUGUUCAUGGAAAUUUAAAUUCAGACUUAAAUCCAGGAAUAACAGUAAUUUAAAAAAAAUGGUUGACUUUGAUGUUCUACUGUGAAAUUGGAGAGUGGAUGAAGUGAAACAGAAAAACAGGUUGUUUUCCUGAGUCAGAUGCUCUCAAUAUGGAUGCAUCGUCUGGUGAAGCUACGUAGCCAGCAUCUUCUGUUGCAGCGAAAGACUGAGUCUGAAGCCCCUUAAACUCACAUCAUUAUCAGCUCAAAAUCUUCCUGCUGAAAAUCCUCUCUGGCUCCCACCCUGCGCAUGACAGGCCCUGUCAUGGCACCUCUGGAAACCAUUUUGGUUCCCUUUGCUUUAGCACAAAAAUGAGCUGACACUUCAUCGGGUCUGACAAACAAGACCCAUUUCCUUCUUUCCGUUUCAGUCGUUUCCUUUAUUUGGGAUGCAACAUCAACCUGUUCUCAAAUUAUUUUUUUGAAAAAGAUAAACAACUUGAAUUUUCUGUUUUUUGUAACAAAAAUGUUGUAGCUUCUUUUAUAAAAUUUCAGCUCCGAGGGUGAAAUUUCAUCCACACAACACGUGAAGGGUUUCUACAUGAAUCAAGCUUGUCAAAAUUAAGUCUUUUUUUUCAUACUAUAUGUCCAGAACAGGCUUCAGAGACAGCCACGUAUGAUUAAAAGCGUACAGUGAUCACUAGUGGGAGUACAGAGGAGGCGGAGGACAAGGUGGGGAGAAGAGGAAAGAGAAGCAGGAGGGAGAGUGCCGAUGUUUAUCUGGAGUUAAGCACAGAGAUACGUGAAGGUGAAGAAGAGAGUGCAGGCAGAGGGGUGAUGACUAUGUGGUCGGGUGGGGGCAGGAAGGGUUGUGCAGGUCAAACGUUUGCGGAGGAGAACUAGUGAAGGAGGAGCUGGAGCUGUGUGAGUGGAGGUCAGCAGUGGGUGAUGACAAGAAGAAUGGAGCGAUAUGAUCCUGUUUGGGUGCUUCGCCCUCAUGGAAGACCACGCUCAAAUAGACACCAGUGAUUUUUGGAUUUCAUGGAGAGUCAUGUGACCUGGUCUAAGAGACAUUCCUAAAGUCAGGUGUAUUCAGGGAGAGAGCGAUCGGUCACAGCCGCCAGGAGUCAACUCUUCGGAACAGUGAAGUCGGAAUGCCCUGAAAUUUUGGGGUGACUUGAGUGAGGGAGUGCUGAGGUGGACUGGCUCCUCCCAGCAGGUCGGGGCCACACAGAAGCUUGAAAAGCUCCAGGACAGGAGAGGAGGCUCAGCAGAGGAGGAGCAGCAGCGGCAGGGCGACUCUUGGUUUGGCUGGAUUAGCGAGCGGUGGUCUGCAGAGAGGGGUCGGGUUUCAGUCCUGGGCUCACUGAAGCUGCUUUGUCUGAGGGAGGGAGGGAAGGAGAGAGAGAGAGGAGGGGGCGAGGGUUUAAAGUUUGGAGGCUUGCAGAGGAGACGCCAGAGCGGGUCCAUCUCUCCUACCAUCAGUUCGGAUUUAAUCCCGCAGCUCCCAGGAUGACGUCACGCUCUGUGGGAUUAUUUCUCCUCAACAUCUUCACGCUCUGCUCCGCUCAGCUGCUGGAAGAUCGCCGCUCGGACUUGACGGAACUGAUCGGCGUCCCGCUGCCCCCGUCGGUCUCCUUCGUCACGGGUUAUGAGGGCUACCCCGCCUACAGCUUCGGCGCCGACGCCAACGUGGGCCGCCUCACCAAGUCCUUCGUCCCCGACCCCUUCCACUACAACUUCGCCAUCACGGUCACGGCUAAGCCCACCACGCGGCGAGGCGGCGUCCUGUUCGCCAUCACCGACGCCUUGCAGAGAGUCGUGCAACUGGGAGUGGCGCUGUCCAAGGUGGAGGACGGAUCUCAGAGGAUCGUGCUGUACUACACUGAAUCCGGAGCUCCAGGACGAACCCAGGAAGCUGCGUCCUUCAAGGUUGGAGACCUGACCGGACACUGGGCCAGGUUCACCUUGACCGUGGAGGACGACCAGGUGCGUCUCUACAUGGACUGUGAGGAAUACCACAGAGUGGCCUUCAGCAGGAGUCAGCAGCCCCUGACCUUUGAACCCAGCUCCGGGAUCUUCGUGGGGAACGCCGGGGGAACCGGCCUGACCCGGUUUGUGGGCUCCAUCCAGCAGCUGGUGCUCAAGUCUGAUCCCACGGCCCCAGACGACCAGUGUGAGGAGGACGAUCCGUAUGCUUCCGGCUUCGAAAGUGGGGACGACUACAAAGACGACGAAGAAGAAGAGGUGAAGAAGAUCGUGGAGGAGCGGGAGCUUGACCUGCCGGUCACGGACUCCACCACCGCCAGCACGCCAGUCCAGGCUCCGCCCACUGAUGCGCCUGCUGUGGCUGAAGUUGAAGAUGACGAUGAGGACACGGCGGAGUCCUCCGGGCUGCACCCGACGCCCACAGAAGCUCUACAAACGAGUUCAACUCCGACCUGGACCCCGGAGCCGCACGCCGCCGCGAGCAGCGACGAGAGCGCUGUUCAGGUGCACGCGGGGGAGAAAGGACAGCGCGGAGAGCCAGGCGUCGCGGGACCUCCUGGACCGCCCGGACCUGCGGGAGAAGGGCAACCUGGCCCCCGAGGCCCUCACGGACCUCCGGGACCCCCAGGUCCAGCCGGAGCGCAGGGCAAAGAUGGACUGCCUGGGGACAAAGGUGAACCUGGACUCACAGGUGCUAAAGGAGUCCAAGGAUUCCCGGGGCUUCCUGGAGAGCCAGGGCUUAAAGGAGAAAAGGGGGAUGCUGGCGUGGGACUCCCAGGACCACCAGGACCUCCAGGGCUCCCAGGACGAGGCAGAAUUGGUUCCGUGGACGGGUCCGGCUCUGAAUAUUUUGACUCUGAUGAAGAGAUCAUGAGGGGGCCCCCAGGACUUCCCGGACCCCCCGGUCAACCCGGACCACCAGGAGUUCCGUCAGAGGACAUCUUUCCCGGACCCCCGGGAGCUCCUGGAAGAGCAGGUGCCAAGGGUGAUGCUGGACUUCCUGGUGUCGACGGCAAAGAUGGUGCCCCGGGCCUGAAGGGAGAGCAAGGGCUGAAGGGGGAGCCGGGUGCGAGCGGUGAGCCGGGACAGAAGGGAGAUGAGGGUCCGCGAGGGUUUCCUGGAAUUCCUGGCUCAGAGGGUCCGGAAGGGAAGCCCGGUCCCCAGGGACCACCUGGUCCUCCAGGACCUCCCGGGCCUCCUGCCAGGAACUUCGCCUUGGACUUUGAGGAUCUGGAAGGUUCCGGCAGCCGGGACGCCUUCGUGCCGGCUCUCUCUCAGGGACCUCCUGGGGUGCGAGGACUUCCAGGACUAAAGGGGAAAGAUGGAGCUCCAGGGAAGCCGGGUCAGAAGGGAGAUCUGGGCGUGGCAGGUCCACCAGGAAGUCCAGGACCACAGGGCCUCCCAGGGUCAGAGGGUGCCAAGGGGGACAGAGGAGAGCAAGGUGAGAAGGGCGAAGCGGGUCGGGAUGGUCUCAGUCUACCCGGCCCUCCGGGACCGCCCGGACCUCCCGGGCCCAGCAUCAACCUGCAGGAUCUUCUGCUCAACAGCACCGACGGGUCCUUCAACAUGUCGAUGAUGUUUGACGCUCCGGAACUCUCUGGACUGGCUGGGCUGACGGAACUUCCUGGAAUAAAAGGACCUCCUGGGUUAAAGGGUGAGAAGGGCGAACCAGGAUUCGUCAUUGCUGCUGAUGGAACCACGAUUUCAGGUCUUCCUGGUCAUCAAGGGCCCAAAGGACCCAAGGGUGACGCUGGCGUGUCCGGUCCUCCUGGUCUUCCAGGACCGACUGGACCCCUGGGACCAAAGGGAGAGCUGGGUUUUCCUGGCAGACCUGGUCGUCCGGGACUCCCGGGGGCCAAGGGAGAGAGAGGUCACUCAGCCAGCCUGCCGGGACCCCCCGGGCCACCUGGGCCGCCCGGGCGCCCCGGAAUCUUCAACUGCCCCAAAGGACUGAACAUGGACGGAAGCCUGGUGCCCGGUUCCUGUAAAUCUGGAGCAAAGGGAGAGAAGGGAGAACGAGGCCUCCCUGGAAUACCAGCGCCCCCUAUGGCUCAGUUCAUGCCCAGGAGCAGCUGGGCAGAAAGAGGUGAACAAGGCUUGAAGGGAGAGAAGGGUGAAAAGGGGGACUCAGGGUCGCCGGGUCUGCCGGGCCGUGCUGGACUUGUGGGCCCCAAGGGAGAGUCUGUUGUUGGCCGUCCUGGACCACCAGGAGUCCCCGGCACUCCAGGGGCUCCAGGCUUCGGUAGGCCCGGUGCUGUUGGACCUCCUGGACCUCCAGGUCCCCCUGGACCUCACAGUGCUUCUUCCAAAUAUGGAUCAGGGGUCACCAUCGCCGGCCCCCCUGGACCUCCUGGACCGGCUGGGCCUCCUGGAAGCUCCGCAUUUAUGAAAAGGUUCCCCUCCAGAGAGUCCAUGAUGCAGCACACGGCCCGGGACCCCGAGGGGACGCUGGCCUACGUCGCUGGCAGCCUCUUCCUGAAGGUGGCGCAGGGAUGGAAGGAGGUUCAGCUGGGAAGUCUGAUCCAGCUCUCCAGCAACUUCAUUCCUCAGGACGAGCCUCAGGUGGCCUAUCAGAUGAGAGGGGACACGGUGGAGAGGAUCCGGUCCGUCCAGGACCGACUGAACCUGGUGGCCCUGAACCAGCCUCACUCCGGGAACAUGGCGGGUCCGGACUUGGCGGACCGGCUCUGCCACGACCAGGCCAAAGCAAUGGGCCUGCAGCCCAACUACCGGGCUUUCAUGUCGUCCCGCCGGCAGGACCUGGUCAACGUGGUCUACCCCGGCUACAGGGACUCCCUUCCGGUCACCAACCUCCGGGGCGACGUGAUGUUCAGGAACUGGCGCGCCGUCUUCAAAGGUGAUGGCGCUCCGCUGAACGCCAGGAUUCCCAUUUACUCCUUCGAUGGACGGGACGUCAUGGCCGACCCCUUCUGGCCUCAGAAGAACAUCUGGCACGGCUCCACCAGCAGGGGGCACAGAGUGACGGACAAACACUGCGAGACGUGGCGCGCCGACCACGUGUCGGUCGUAGGACAGUCGUCCAGCUUGAGCGCCGGGCUGCUCCUGGGCCAGCAGACUCGCAGCUGCUCCAACGAAUACAUCGUCCUUUGCAUCGAGACCCACAAGACGACUUAGUCACCACUUGCCAGUUAAGCUCAAGGAGCGGAACACGGCGGGCCACGAUUUGGGGGCGUUGAAAUGCGAAAGCCACUUUUUGUCAGGACAAAUCGAAAAGCAGAGCGUGUGUAACGCAACAAAACUCUUCUUCACGUCGCUAUGUACGACAUCGUAGUCUCAAAGGUUUCUCACGAUCCAUAAAUUCUAAAGUUACCAAUCUUCAGCGGUAAAAUGAUUUGGGCUAGUCGUGUUUCGUUACAAACGUAACGCACCGCAUUCCAAGUAUGUCGUAAUCAUGUGUUUCCGAACUAACUUAAAAAUCAGCCUCUAGAUCAAAGUUCCAUCUGUCGUACCUUAUUUUCAAGCAAUUCAAUUUCUAGCUAAUUCCCACAUUUGAAACACGACAUAAAAUCCAACAUGGCGGAGCAUAAUGCCAUUUGUAUUGGAGUUUUAGUCAAUUUCACGGAAAGGAACGUUAUUUCCCCAAAUUGUAUUGUUUACAAGUCGCCACAGCGAUUGGAUCCGCCCCCCCAGCUAAGACGCGGCCCGCCGUCCGUCCACCGACGUCGUUGUUUUGAAUGCACUGUACUUCCUUUGUUCUUUGUCGUGUCGUGAUUUUGGCGAGGCGCUCGGCCGUUAUUUAAUUUAAGUUUAUUUAUGGCGUCGUCGCUGCACAUAUACGGUGAAACCGGAUGAUCAGAAUGUAAUUUAUCUUUUGUGCGCGACGCAUCGUCGCGAUUUCCAGACCAGCGUUUUCAUGUGGAACAAACCAAAGUGAGCACAUUUUUGUACAAAUGUUGGUGCUUUGUUGAAUAAAGUUUCUCCUCCUUUCAUACA